AUGGCUAAGUCAACCAUUUUUUGCUUCAUGCUGAUCGUUUUGUUGGUUUCUACCACGGCACAGUCCCCUGCAUCUUCACCUUCGCCAACCUCAUUGCCACCAUCAACUUCUCCACCAGUCUUUGCUCCUGUUCCUUCUUCUCCCUCGCCUGUGGAGGAGCCACCGGUUUCUGCUCCUUCUCCGAUGACGACUCCUCCAGUGGCUGCACCAUCUCCCGCUAAUGUUAACGUUCCUCCACAGCCUUCUGCCGCUGCUCCACCAAACCCUCCGUCCUCAAUUUCCACUCCACCAUCUGUGGCACCAGAGCCGUCGCACAACGGUGCCGCUUUGAACAGAAUUGCUGGCUCAGGAUAUAUUGUUUUUGGGCUGAUCACUGCCGCUUUGAUGAUGUAG